GUUUGGAGCCGUAACGACCACGCAACACAGCGUCUGCUGGCCCCCGGCUUCGAGUUGGUGCGGACUAUCCACAAGCACACCCUCAACGAGCGCACCACGGAGUCGCUGGCCAGGUUGCUGCUGCGGUUCUUCAAGGCCCACGACCGGGAGCGGGAUCUGCUGCAAUGGGUCGUGUCCGAGGAGGUGACCAAGGCCGCCAACCCCGACACCAUCUUCAGAGAAGAGUCUCUGUCGAUGAAGCUGCUGUCGUUGAAUGCCUUCACCGGCCGUGGCAUCGAGUUUCUGGAGCGGACCGUCUUGGUUCUCAUUCGCGACGUUCAGGAAUUGAACCUCAGUCUCGAGACGGAUCCACGCAAAGUGAGCCCGGGAGUGGACGCUGAGAUGAACUGCCGAGCGCUGGUCGAGAAGACCGAAUCGCUCCUCUCGCUCCUCUUCGCCUCCAUCCACCUGCUACCCCCGCUGCUGCGUUGGGGCUUCUCCAUCGUGCGGCACGAGGUCGGACAGCACUUCCCAGAGAUGGGGGAGAGCAUCGUGGGCAGCAUUCUGUUUCUCCGCUUCAUCUGCCCGGCCAUCGUCUGUCCCCACCGCUUCCAUCUCCUCCCCGAGGCGCCCACCGGCAACGCAAUGCGGACACUCAUCUUGAUCUCCAAAUUGCUGACCUCCCUGGCGAACGGCACGGUUGCUGUGGGCGAAUCCGCCGCGCUGGCCCAUUUCGUGGAAACCAACUCGCGCGUCGUCGAGCGAAUCACGCUGGCCAUCGUCGAAGACCAGCCGGAGAGGGACGGCGAACGCUCCGGCGAGUUGGAAGCAGCGGUCGAGCAUCAACAUCAGGCGCCGGCGGGGAAACCCGACCAGCAGAAUGCGCUGCACGAGCUGCUCGACUACCUCGCACAGUGCGUGGCCGAUGACCAGAUCUACGGUUUCCUCCCGGACGACCUCACGCUCAUCGCACGCAGCUGCCGGGAUCAGGUGAAGCGAAUGGAGAUUGCCGUGGCGAGCCCGGACUGGAAACUGCUCAAGAAGAAGAACGGCGUCUCCACUUUCAUCAGAAAGAAAGCUCAGGGCAAGAAGGUGCUGUGUAUCAAGGCCCAGGCGACGGUGCCGGCGGACAUGAGCACACUCCACGCGUUCCUCGUCCUCGAGGACUGCCUCCUCCGCGGGUGCGAGGACCAGCCGACCACCCCGGCCCCAUCCGCCGACUCAGCCAAAAAGCUCCGCCGCUCUCUCUCCGGCAGCAUCGGCCACUCCCAACGGCAUGCAGGGGCCGUUGAGCACGGGCGAGGGCGAGACGGGGAGGCCGCAAUGGGGGAGCGACGCCGCCGGCGCAGCCGCACGCACAGCGACAAGGGCGAGCGGGACCAGCAGGUGCUGUUUCAUCACCACCACACCGAGCGCCUCAUCGACCACCACCAGCACGCCCGGCUCGACCAGGCCAGCACGGUCAAGCCGAGCAGCACCGCCACCGUUGUUGCCGAGAUGUCGUCGAGCUCGAGCUCGAGCACCACCGUGAGCACCACCUUAAGCUCCGGCGGCAAUCGAAAGGCUAGUCCGACCACUGCGUGUUCGGCCUCACCGCGACCCUCGGCCGGACGAAUCGAUCGGCGGAGCCUCACGUCGCUUGUCGCCCCUAUCGAGCUGACUUCGUCUCCGUCAUCGCCGUCGUCGACCUCGCCCGCCACCGGUCGACGACAAAGCGGCGUCUUCAGCGUCGGCGGCAGAGGCAACAGCCCGCAAUCGAGUCCGGGCGGCGACGUCGCCCCACCAGCGGGCAGCACGGACGGCGGCGCUUGCGGUCGAGCUCAGCGCAAGAGUCUGGGGCUCUCGACGGAGGGCGUCAAGCGCAAGAGCCAGCGCCUCCUCCGGACCAUCCACUCGGAGGAGUUUGCGACGCUCUCCACCACUUCGCCGUCAUUGUCGUCAUCGUCCGCGGACGGCGUUAACGAGAAUAACAGCAGCCACAACAACAACAACGUUGGGCACACCAGCAAAAGUCAGGAAACGCCGCUGAUGGACGACCUGGGCUACAGCGUCAAUCUCUCGCCCCGGUGCUCGCCCACUGGUCGCAGGAGGUCGUUCAAGACGCUGAUGGAUCUAAAGCCCCAGGAAGCGCAACAGGUGGACACCACCGACGAGCCGCAGACCCUCUCUCCACGCUCCUCACCCUUACUGGGGAGGCGGCGAUCGCAGAAGGCCGUGGCCAGUGACUUGAAGCCCGACAAGGCCUCGCUGCAGGCCGCGCGGUUCCGCCGCUUUCCGCUCGUCCUCCGCGAGAUCCGCCCCUUCCGCGACGACUACCUCGCCACCUGGGACUUCCCCCACCCCCUCAAGCCCAGGGAUUUUUGUGUGACUCGGUAUUGUGCGGUGGAGGAGGGGCGAGCCUACGGCUGCUACUUCUCGUCGUACCGUAAGGACUGCCCAGCCACGGACACCCACACCCGAGGCAUUUUGCACGUGUCGGGCCACAUCAUCGAGAAGUCUGAGCCGACGGGCCAAAGCGCGGACCAGCUGGCCGACACGUCGGAGUCGUGUCUUCUCACGCUACUCAUCCAAGUCGACCCCCGCGGCGACGAGGACAUUGAUGGCGGGCUGUCGGAGAAACUCGCCCAGGAAUGCGGUCGAGUGUUAAGGAAUGUCACCAAAUACUUUGAACUCCUCCACCGAAAGCAGCCUACAGCCACCAUGACCUGGGAGAGGCCGGUGCUGCCAUGGAGCCGAACGCGCCCACAGUUCCUCAGCGCCCUCCCGCUGUCCAAGAGGAAUCCACUCUCGCCCCGCCCGCAGGGAGCAAGCGCAGAUCCCGUAGUCCCGCCAGAGAGGGGAAGCGGAGAGCCGCUGAGCCUGGAGCAGCUCAGCACCACACCACCGCCCGAUGCUCCGAUCACCUCGGGCUGGCGGAAGGGGAGCACGCGCUCGCGAAUCCUGCGCACCGCUGGCUGGCUGAAGCCCAGCCGGCGGGUCCCAUCGCCCAGCGACUCGGACAACAACAGAGAAGGCACCACCAGCGCUUCAGACGCCGACGCAGCAGCCACGGACCCGGAUCUGACUGUGGAGGACACGGACGAGAGCGGAAGCGAGGAGCACCAGGGCCAGGACGAGGCGCAGCCGGAGCCCGGCCAACGGCGGCGGGCGGUGACGGAGAAGAAGAGCGGCAGCGAACGAGCGCCGCCGACAUGUCGCAGGCGAGGUGGCACCACCACCAGUGAAGAGCACCCCUUCCGCAGCGUGUCAUUCGAUGAGCGGAGGAAUCAGGGUGUUGAGAAGGAGACGACGAAAGGCGGGAAAGGAAAGAAGGAGAAGAAGGUCAAGAAGAAGGAGAAGAAGAAGACAAAGAAGGACAAGAAGAAAGAAGUGUUUAUUGGCCAACAGCCAGCUGUAAAUAGUUAA